AUGCCCGCUCCUGCUCGCCCCAUCCGCGGCAGACCCCCUGCCUUUUCUAAGCAGGACGAGGAUCUCUGGAAGGCUUACGCCAAAGCACUCCAGGCAAGGUUCUUUAGCAAUCUUGACACAAAGAAUGAGAUCUUCUAUGCUGCUCCCGUCGGGGUGAUGGGCAUCCCUGGUGGUGACAAUAUCCCUCAGGAGAUCAUCAACAGAGGAGUUUACGAGAUUGGCGAUGCUCUCAUGCAAUUGGACACUCCUGUAUUCGCUGCGGGGAGCAAGAAGUACUCCCAGCGACUUCAAGAAGCUCUAGGGGCCGUAAGACUCGGAAGGAAUCGAGAUAUGGGUGCCGAGAAACGAAUGAACGACAUCCUCGCUAAGGUCGGAAAGCUCAAUGCAGUGUAUGCGGAGAUGAGCGAGAAAGCAUUGGAAUUGUACGCGGGCGAUGAGGAUAAAGGAAAUCAAAAUUUCAAACAUUGGACUCAACAAAACUACCCGAGUCUUGUGUCUUUGGCUGCAGAGAGGCAAUCUGCCGUUGCGACUGAAGCAUCUCUACGUGCUCAGUUGGACGGCCCUGGCGGCUCACAGCUCAAUGAACAGAGACGGAAGGUGUUCAAUGCUAGUGACUCGAAUGUGGACUAUCCUGGUUUCAACAUGCCGUGUACCUCAAGCUUUGGCAACAUCAUCAACGGUUCUUCUGAUCUUCCUGAAGGCAGUAUUAAAGUGCCUCGACCUGCCUAUGCCAUCGACAAUUCUUACAGAGACACGGUUGGAAACUGGAUCAGAGGCACCGGCGGCGAGAACAAGCUGAACUUGGCCUUCAACAUCAAUGAUGCCAAGUCAGACAAUUGGGACCAGUUCGGUUUCGUCAAUGUGAACGCCAAUGCAGGCCGGAUUUACAGCACUUUCUUCAAGGCGAGCUAUGUUCAGGACAAUCAGAAGAAGGAGGAUUUCAUCGCGGCUCAGGAUGUCGGCUCUGAACUCUCAGUGCAGCUGUCAGCGGCAGAAGCGGGUAUCUUUACUGUCAAGCCAGGUGACUGGGAUGUGCCUAACAUCAUGGAGGAGUACCCAAACUUUCAGCCUGAGGCUGCUCGCAACAUUGGUCCUGCGGCCAGAGUUGACCAAGUCAUUCUGGCUUACAAAGUGGUCAUGAAGCUCUCUCUGCCCGCUAAAGUGGCUGAGCGUGUCAAUGACCUAACUCAAAAGGCCAAGAGUACCGGCGGAUCAGUGAGCUUCUUUGGGUUUGAGGUUGGGUUUGGUGGAGGAAGCAAGGACGAGGCCAACGUCUCUGGUUCAUCCAUUGAGAUUCGCAAGGACCUUGGAUAUCCUGUUCUAUUGGGUGUGAAGGGCAAGAAACUUCCAGGUCUUCGAACUGGUCGCUAG